AUGUCCGCUGCAACCUCGGCACUUGCCACAAUUGGCAUACUGUCUAUCGGAGACAUGGGCCUUGGUAUAGCCAAGCUGCUGCUCGCUCACGGCUUUGCGGUGGCGACCAACUGCCAUGGGAGAAGCCAAGACACUCUCAAUAGGGCCCAGGCGGCGUUGGUGACAAAUUAUCCCACAGAUGAGGAGCUCGUAAGUCAUUGUGAUGCCAUUCUAUCCGUGGCGCCGCCUCGCGACGCGACUGAAAUUGCAAAACGCAUUGUCAGUGCCCUUGCAUCGAGCUCGACUCGUGGCAAAAGAACAAGUUCUGUGCCGCUCUACUACGCCGACUUGAACGCCGUCGCACCUUCUACGACCCGGGGGCUUGCGAGCCUCCUCGACUCUGCAGGGCCCCUUGUGCAUUUUGUCGACGGGUCCAUCAUUGGGGGCCCGCCGUCCGCAAAAGGAAAUGGCACCGACUGGAGCGCGCCGGUCAUGUACACGUCCGGGCCACACCGGCUCGAGGACGUUCCCGGCUGGGGCCUGAGGUUGACCGAGGUGCUUCGCAUACGCCACAUUGCAGAGGACGUUGGCGCGGCGAGCGGCUUGAAAAUGUGUUUUGCGUCGAUGAGCAAGGGCUACACCGCCAUCGCCAUCCAGGCAUUCACGAGCGCCCAGUCCAUGGGCGUCCUUGGGGAGCUCCAGAGUGUGCUGGCGGAAAUGGCGCCGCAGCGCGCGGUGGAGACUGAGAGGGGCCUCGUCUCCAUGGCACCCAAGGCCUACCGGUGGGUGCGUGAGAUGGAGGAAAUUAGUAAAACGCACGUUGAGGAGGGAGGGUUCGGCCCCGAGCUCUUUAUCGGGGCCGCGGGUGUGUAUCGGUCUGUCGCAGAUGACACUGUGCUCGGUCAGGAGAAGAUUGGGAAUAGAAAGCGAGGCAUCACAGCAGAGGACACCGCUGCAGCAAUGGUAGAGGGUUUAUCAAGUCUGAACAAGGACGUUUGA